CAACUGAAUUUCGAAAACCUGGACAGGGCUGUGAAGAAAAGUAAGUGAGUACCUAGGAACGGAAUGGGGGUUUCAAUUAUUGCAUUGAUCUCUUGUUACCGCCGUUUUUUCCCCCCUAGAGGCCGGUAUUUUUGCCUUCAAGAAGCCAAGUUGAAUGGUGACUACAUCACAGAAGCUUUGUCUUGAACACUGCACACUCAUGCACGCAGCGCCAUCAUCCAUCACGGCGAGGGCGACGAUUCAAAUAACAGACGAGUCUUGCUUGGACUAUCAAGAUCUUGCCGAGGACCAGGUACCACGGCAACUAUAAAGGUUCUACUUCGCUGGGCCGCAGCCCAGGAAGACCACGGAGCGGCGACGGCGCAGAAGAUCUUUCUGACGCGUAGCUUUCACCAGCCACUCAGUUCCGCCAAGUUGAGCGACCGCUGAGAUAUAAGCUUCUUUGGAAAAUUUUCACGAUCACGGAAAUCCAAUGGCAUCCAUAACACACCCGGACCCCGGGACCGGAGCCGGAGCCGGAGCCGGAGCCGGAGGACUCCAUAUCAACCACACCACUACCGGAGCCGACCGCGAAGCCGAAAACCGCCACCACCGAACCCCCCGUACCGCAAAAUGGUACAAAAUCCAUCUCUUCCGGGGCAUGGUCAACGAUCUCCGUCGUCGCGCCCCUUACUACCUCUCCGACUGGACCGACGCCUGGAACUACCGCGUAGUUCCCGCCACGGUAUACAUGUACUUUGCCAACAUUCUCCCCGCCCUCGCCUUCUCGCUCGACAUGUUCACCAAGACGGACCGGAUGUACGGAGUCAAUGAGGUGUUGCUUGCCAGUGUUUUGGGCGCCGUGGUAUUCAGUGUCUUGGCUUGUCAACCGCUCGUCAUAGUCGGUGUCACGGGGCCGAUUACGGUUUUCAACUACACCGUUUACGACAUCAUGGAGCCGACGGGGACCAACUACAUGGCCUUUAUGUGCUGGAUCGGUCUCUGGUCCUUGGUGUUUCACUGGAUUUUGGCUGUCACCAACUCGUGCAACUGGCUGCGCUACGUCACGAGGUUUCCGUGCGAUAUUUUUGGAUUUUAUGUGGCGUUUAUUUACCUGCAAAAGGGCGUUCAGGUGCUGCAGCGGCUAGGAGAUGCAGCGCCGUUUUAUCUAUCGGUUGUGGUGGCGCUUUGCGUCUUUGCUAUUGCGUAUAUCUGUGGCGAAUUGGGCGGUAGCAGUCUGUUUAAUCAUACCGUUCGCGUCUUUCUAAAGGAUUAUGGGACGCCGUUGACAGUGGUGUUCUUCACGGGGUUUGUCCACUUUGGAAAGCUGGAGCAUAUCCAUUUGGAGCACUUGGAGGUCAGCAAGGCGUUUUUCCCGACGCCUCAUGAGGAUGGCUGGAUCAGAGGGUGGUUUAUUCACUUUUGGGAUAUCCCCGUGGGACAUGUCUUCUUGGCUAUCCCGUUUGCUUUGCUGUUGACAAUUCUUUUUUGGUUUGAUCAUAAUGUCUCCUCCCUCAUUGCCCAAGGCACUGAAUUCCCCCUCCGCAAGCCCGCCGGCUUCCACUGGGAUCUCUUUCUCCUCGGCCUGACCACCGGCGUCUCCGGCCUACUUGGCAUCCCCUUUCCCAACGGCCUUAUUCCGCAAGCACCCUUCCACACUGCCUCUUUGUGCGUCACCAAAGUCGUCACAAACGAUGACACCGACGUCGACUCCUCUGAAUCCAAGGGCCAUCCUUCGGAUUCAUAUCAAUUCAAACCCAUCUCCGUAGUCGAACAACGCGUCUCCAACCUCGCCCAAGGCCUGCUCACCUUGGGAACCAUGACGGGUCCCCUCCUCGUCGUUUUACAUCUAAUCCCGCAAGGCGUGCUAGCAGGCCUCUUCUUCAUCAUGGGCUACCAAGCCUUGGCGGGGAACGGAAUCACCCAAAAGCUUGUUUUCCUCUGCAAAGACAGUCGGCUGACCAACCCCAACCAUCCGCUUAACAAUAAGGCCCUGCGAAGAAGCCGGGUUUGGCUGUUUGUGAUUAUCGAGCUCAUAGCGUUUGGAGCGACGUUUGCUAUUACUCAGACUGUUGCCGCGGUGGGGUUCCCAGUGUUCAUCUUUGCGCUGAUUCCGGUUAGGGCGGUGUUGUUGCCGAGGUGGUUGAGUAAGGAGGAGUUGGCGGUGUUGGAUGGGCCGACGGCUAGUCCGUUUACUAUGGAGAGUGUUGGGGGGAGUUAUGGUGGUGUUGAGGAGGAGGAGGAGGAGAGGGCGGAGGAAGGGGGCAUGGGUGAGGAGAGUAGUGGUGGUGUUCUCUCUUCGGGAGCGGAGGGGAAAGGAAAAAGUCUAAGAAGGUGGCCGGUGAGAUGAGCGCUGAGGAGUUGGCGGAGUUGGGAUUGUCAGUUAAUAGUGGUAGGGGCUCAUUGCGCAGGGGUAGCAUAGUGGUGGAUGACAUUCAGCAGCGGCAGAGUUAGGGGCAGGUGCAUAGGAGAGGGCAUCAUCAAGCCAUGAGGCAGUGGAACAGCAGAGAGAUGAUUAGAUGGAAAGAAUUUGGGUAAUAGGUAAUCGAAUUCUCCUUGAAGGAUAUGGAGGUGUAAAGGGCGGUAAUUAUAGGGAAGAAGAGACAUAAAGAAAGCUGAUCAAUAGAGAUAGCCGUGUAGAUAUACGUUGGACCGCAUGUAUAUAUAUAUAUCUAAAUAGUAAUGACUAGUCAUGCGCCUCA